AACAUUGAUUUUUAUCGUUUCAUUGCAUUUGACUAUUUAUCAUGUGAUGUUGUUUAUUGAACCAAUGAACGGAGCAACAGCUUUCCUUAAAUACAAUGCGUAAAUAAUUUCUGUUUACUUUGUGUCUUUUUCCUUUCUCCACAAAUUGCUGUUAUUAUUAUUUUUUUCUGGUUUUUUAUAAUGCCACCAUUCCAAGAGGAAAUUUACCAAUCUGGUACAACUCCGGUUGCUUACUUACAGCCAGUCCAGCAGGGCAAUGGGCAGAAAAAAAAAGUUUUCCAUCGUCUUUAUAGCCACCCUACAACAGAGUUAAGCAGAACGCAAUGCAAAUUGCAACUACAACGACUAUCCUACUUAACAAACGAUAAAGAUUACUUGGACCAUCCGCAAAAUAUGCGUCGGCUCACAAAAGAGUUAGAUAGAAUUGAUAAAGAAUACCGUAAUGUACGUAGAUUUGAAGACCCUAUGAGGGCAUCCCUGAAACGCCUGACAAAAUCAGAAAAUGCCUCGUGCUUAUUCAAUUCCACUGCUUCAAACCAGUCAUACACUAGAAGCAGUUCCAAAAGAAAUAGUAUAAGUAGCCUUGGUAGCAGCGAUGGCAGCAGUGUUAGCAGUACAACAAACCAUUCUACUUCCUGCAACACGGAACUCUCCACUAGUAGCGGAAUCAAUUGGAUUGACUUCAAUAAUAAUCGCAAGAAACCUUUACAGUCUUAUUAUUACUUAUCUUCAUCAGCAGAUGGUGAAGUCACCGCAAAUCAUUCUAGCGGCAAUUUUUUGAGGAGAUGGUUCAAUCACGUUCUUGAAGAUACCUUCAUACACUCUAGUCACCAACAACGCCAACAAUAUUCUCAGUCGUUUGACAAUUCUGUCGGUCCUUUCAGCAAUGCCAAUUUUAUGGCAUAUUCACAUCAUCCUACAAUUGUCAAUCGCCUUAAACGCCGACCUUUAGCGUCAAAAAAGUAACACACCCCAAUACCACAUUAUCAUAAAAGCAUCAGUGUUUUGUAAGAAACGCAAUGAAUCAUAGUUAUUGUAACACUAUUUGUGCUUGUGUUAUUGUUGUUAAACAUCAAUCGCAAAUGACAAACCCCGUAAAGUCAACCUAAUCUCUACAUCCUCGCUGUCCUCCUGUCUUAGGCAUCUUUUUCCUAUCUAUGCAUUUCUCUAUAGAACAGCGCGGCUUAUUUAUCAUCAUGCCGAUAUCCCAAUACUAAUAAAGUAAACAUUGUUCAUGCUG